ACUCCCGGCCUGAACACACUAUUUAAGGCCAGCACACAGGAGCUGGCUGUGACUCAUCGAGGAGGGCAGCAGCAGCUCCACGCAGCCAGGACCCAGACACGCCGGAAACCUUCCCCAGUCAUGGCUUCUCUGGGGCAGAUCCUCUUCUGGAGCAUAAUUAGCAUCAUCAUUAUUCUGGCUGGAGCAAUUGCACUCAUCAUUGGCUUUGGUAUUUCAGGGAGACACUCCAUCACAGUGACUACUGUCACCUCUGCUGGGAACAUUGGGGAGGACGGAACCCUGAGCUGCACUUUUGAACCUGACAUCAAACUUUCUGAUAUCGUCAUACAAUGGCUGAAGGAAGGUGUUAUAGGCUUGGUCCACGAGUUCAAAGAAGGCAAAGAUGAGCUGUCGAAGCAGAAUGAAAUGUUCAGAGGCCGGACAGCACUGUUUGCUGAGCAAGUGAUAGUUGGCAAUGCCUCUCUGCGGCUGAAAAACGUGCAACUCACAGAUGCUGGCACCUACAAAUGUUAUAUCAUCACUUCUAAAGGCAAGGGGAAUGCUAACCUUGAGUAUAAAACUGGAGCCUUCAGCAUGCCAGAGGUGAAUGUGGACUAUAAUGCCAGUUCAGAGACCUUGCGGUGUGAGGCUCCCCGAUGGUUCCCCCAGCCCACAGUGGUCUGGGCGUCUCAAGUGGACCAGGGAGCCAACUUCUCAGAAGUCUCCAACACCAGCUUUGAGCUGAACUCUGAGAAUGUGACCAUGAAGGUUGUGUCUGUGCUCUACAAUGCUACGAUCAACAACACAUACUCCUGUAUGAUUGAAAAUGACAUUGCCAAAGCAACAGGGGAUAUCAAAGUGACAGAAUCUGAGAUCAAAAGGCGGAGUCACCUACAGCUGCUGAACUCGAAGGCUUCUCUGUGUGUCUCUUCUUUCUUUGCCAUCAGCUGGGCACUUCUGCCUUUAGCCCCUUACCUGAUGCUAAAAUAAUGUGCCUUGGCCACAGAAAACCAUGCAAAGUCAUUGUUACAGCAGAUCUUCAGACCCUGCCUGGCCACGAUUCAAAUGGAGGCAACAGACAUAUACCUUCCAUGAAGUACACAGAGACUUUUGAAAGCAGGGACAAUGACCGUUUGAACUGAGGCCUUGGGGAAUGAAGCUCUGAUGGAAAUAAUGGUUUGUUUCCAGCCCCCUUCCCACACUUUUCAUGUGUUAACCACUGCCUUCCCGGUCCUUGCAGCCACCAUGACUGUAUUCCAUUUUGUUAUAGAAAACUGAGUGUAGAGUUCUGAUCGUUCAAGAUAAUGAUUAAAUAUACAUUUCCUACA